AGCACUUUUAGUACUACAGUAUAUAGCACCAUUUUUUUUUUUAGAGUGUAUAACAAGGAUUACAAUAAAUAUAACAAAUGAAUUGCUCAUUGUUCAUUCAUUUUAGUUAACAAAUUAACUAACGUUAACUACUUGGACCUUAUUGUAAAGUGUUACCACAUAUUUGCUGACGUUGAGGUGAGGUGACGUUUAACAAAUUAUAUUUGUUAUUGGGUGUUUUGACAACUGGAUUAAAAAUAGCAGACUGGGUGUUGUCAAUUUGAAUUCCUGAGUGAAAUCCGCACAGACUAUAAAACAUGGCAAACAUCUCCUUUCAUUUUAGACCUUUCUUGGACUUCAUUGUAUAUUGAUUUCUUAUUCUCAUUGUAGCCUAUUGACUCUUCAUUGAAUUUCUUUGUUGACAUAUACUGUGGUAGGCUACUUUUUGUCUUUGUUUUUCUUUUUAACAUAACUUAUCAUUUAUAAUUCUCUCUCUCUUUGUUAUCAAUUGCAUUGAUAACAGUGAAUUUUAAACAAUGGUACAAAACUACUCAUCAAAUGACUCUAGCAAAGGCUUCUCAAUUCCACGAGGCAGAGAAAAAAUCAUUAUAGCGUGUACACUGUCUGCAUGCUUCCUGUAUGUGAAUAGUGUAUUAAUAUUUACGUUUUUUAAAAAGGACUAUUUUCGCACCAAAAUGCGUUACAUAUUUUAUUAUUCACACCUUGCUUUGUGAUUGGCUGUUUCUGUUUAUAACCAAUAUUUGCUUGAUCCUAAUCUUUCUCAAUGCAACAAUGCCGAUAGGAAUAUGUCUUGUCAUUUGCCACAUUAUGGAAGUGCUGAGCUAUGCUACUCCACUCACUCUCACAGCUAUGAGUCUAGAGCGCUACGCGGCCAUCUGUAUGCCCCUGCGACACUCUCAAAUCUGUAGUCUGUCCAGAACGAUCCAUAGCAUUCUCAUCAUCCAUGUUAUCUGCUCCAUAGAGCCCACUAUGAUCUUUUUCAUCUUCGUUGCCUCAGUUCCACUUCACAUCUAUAUGAAAAAAGCACUUUGCCAAGUGGAAGUGCUUAUUGUUCACAUGUGGCAGAGUCAGCUGAGGUCAGUUUUCACACAGAUAUUCUUCAUGAUGAUUUUUUGCACCAUUUUGUUUUCUUAUGUCAAAAUCAUGCGUGUUGCAAAAAUGGCAAGCUCUGGUAAUGGUAAAUCAGCUGUAAGAGGCUUAAAAACUGUGGUAUUACAUGGAUUCCAGUUGUUGCCUUCAAUCAUUCAGCUGUGGUGUCCGUUUGUAGAGCAGGCCCUCUUAAAUGUUGAUAUUUACAUAUAUAUGGAGGUCAGAUAUUUUAAUUAUGUUGUGUUUAUGCUGGUCCCACGGUGCUUCUGUCCACUUGUGUAUGGAUUGCGAGAUGAAAAGUUUUUCAUUGCUUUGAAAAUAUUAUGCAUUCUGUGCAGUAAAUAAAAAGAUUUCACCUAAGAUUUCAUGAUGCAAACUUCUGUUAAGGUGAUCUGAACUGUGCUGACAAAAUUCUGUACUAACAUUUCAGACUUGCUGUAUAUUUACAUGAUAUUAAAGCAAAAUAUGUGUAUAUGUGCUUUUUAAAAUGAAAUUUCAAUAUUUUGUGUCUGAAUGUAAAACAAAAUAAAAAUAAAUACAUAAUUAAAGGAUCAAAGGCUGUACAUUGCAUAUUGUUUGUGGUAUGUAU